CCUCCUUGUUCUUCGUCUCCAUGGCACACGAAACAGCAACUUUAAAGCUAUUACUCAUUGGCAACAGUGGAGUCGGAAAGUCCAGUCUUCUAUUACGAUUUACUGAUGACACCUUUCUUCCACCGGACGAAGUUUCCGCUACCAUUGGCGUUGACUUCAAAGUGAGCAUGAUGAAUCUCAACGGUGAUACGUACAAGUUGACCAUUUGGGAUACGGCGGGCCAAGAACGGUUUCGCACAUUGACUUCUUCAUAUUACAGAGGCGCUCAAGGUGUCAUUCUAGUAUAUGAUGUAUGCAAUCGCGAAACAUUUGAUGCGUUGAAAACCUGGAUGAACGAAGUAAACACAUACUGUUCCAGCCAGGAUGUGGUCAAGAUGAUUGUCGGAAACAAAGUGGAUAAAGAUGGUUCACGCGUAGUGUCAUAUAAGGAAGGUGCAGAAUUAGCUCGAAAAUUACAGACCCUCUUUAUCGAAUGUAGUGCGAAAACGAAGGUCGGGGUCAAAGAGGCAUUUGAAGAACUAGUGGAAAAGAUUAUAGAGACACCAAAUCUCUGGCAAAAACAACCAGCAUCAUCUUCUAGUGUCCGGGUUACUGCUGCAAAUAAUAACGGUGGCUCUCAAGAUUAUUGUGCCUGCUAACUCAUCCACAGUUGUCCAUAUUUCUAUUGAGGGUCUUAACGCGUAACCUGUGUAUAUAUAAUAGUUUCUCUCUUUGAUACCGAUCGCUUAAUCUCUUUAACUUAUAUUUUAAGGACAGGUAUCACUGUCAUCAAUCUAUCCUCUUUUCCCUACAACAAAUACAUGAAUUAAUCCAACUUCAGCCUCCCUAAUUAAAUGUCACUUAUUUAUCCGAACAAUGCGCGUAUAUACGUAACUAAACG